CUACUUUUCUCCCACCCCCACCAACCAAUAGAAAUCACCCCAAAUCCUCUUCUCUCUCUCUCUCUCUCUCUCUCCUUCCACCAAUCCAAUCUCUCACCCUCCCUCCCUCCUUCUCCCACCCAUCUCCUUCUCUCUGUCGCCGUCGUAAAACCACCGGAGCUCGGAGAAAGAAGAGCCAAGUCCACCGGAAUCCCGGCCCCAGCGGACAAAGAAGCGAUUUUCCGGGCUUCCCUCUCGCCCCAUAUCAACUCUUCUCACUUCUCCUCCAAACCCUUAAAUCUCCACACCAAUUCAUCGACGAAUCAAGCACUCGCCUCGAAUAAUCCAAAUUCAACUCCCAAGAACCCGAAAAUUGUCGUCGUUGGAGGUCGGGUCACCGGGCGGUUAGGGGUAGAGCGGGGAGAUGAAGAUACAGUGCGACGUGUGCGAGAGGGCGGAGGCGGCGGUGCUGUGCUGCGCCGACGAGGCGGCGCUCUGCUGGGGCUGCGACGAGAAGGUCCACGCCGCCAACAAGCUCGCCGGAAAGCACCAGCGGGUCCCGCUCCUCCCCCGGGCCGGCUCCGCUUCAUCUCCACUCCCCACCUGUGAUAUUUGCCAGGAGAAAGCUGGUUAUUUCUUCUGCUUGGAGGACCGUGCUCUGCUCUGUAGGCAGUGUGAUGUGGCUAUCCACACAGUAAGCCCUUAUGUAUCAUCGCAUCAGCGGUUCCUCAUCACUGGUGUGAGAGUUGCUCUUCAACACCAUCUCACCAAUAGCAGUGCCAACAGCAGCAGCAGCAGCACCAAUGGCAACAGCACUAGCAGCAAUACCAACAGCAACAACCCCACUUUAAGCUCUCUGGCAUCAAAUACUUCACUUUCAAGUAAGAAGCUGCAGAUGGCACCGACAGGCCUUGCUAUGGAGGAGGUGGAGGAUUUAAGGCCACCAUGGUCAUGGAAUGAAAUGCUUGAUGGUGUCGAAUUGGAUCAGUAUUAUGGAUUCUCAGAGCCGUGCGGUGAGAGUUUGCAUCCUAUUUUUCUUCAUACAGGCACAAAGAAGUAAGGGUGAAGAGAGACAUUGAUAUAUGAUGAGAUUGCUUGAUAGUUUCUUCUUUCUGUUUUUACUGUUUUAAUGAAUUUUUUGGAGGGCCGAGGAGUAGUGGCAGCACCGUUGUUUCGGUCAUUGAUAGCUUGCUGUUGUCAUCUGGUGUCACGAUAUGGCAGCACCUUUUCUAGGAUGGAAGAGGAGCGAUUACAGUGGUAACAUCACAAGCUGGUGCACUUAGAAUGUUGUAAGCCACAGGAAGGUUUAAAUGUAAAACAGAGCAUCUCUGUUCAUGUUGCUAUCCGUAUGUUUGCUGAGAAGAUAUGCGUGUUCUGUAUUUGGAAUAAUUACAUCCUUAAUGCGAGUUUUUAUCACUUGCUAAUGAGAUAUUCUCGAAUCAAAAUAACGAGGUUGGGUGUUAUUUUAUUAAA